AUGACAAAUCCGCAAGCGGGUUCGGCCAUGCAGACAGGCAUGGAUCGCUACAUAAAUAUUUCCAAGCGCAAGCUAACGCCCUCAAAAAAUGCUGACGGCAAUAAGCCCAAAGUAAACCGUACCAGCAAAGGCCCUAAAAAUCUCGGGCCACUAAAUGAAAAUAGAUUUUCCAUUCUGGCGGAGCACGAAACAGAGUCUGAACAAUUAGCCCCAAGGAAACUGAAGCCGCCACCUAUCUUUAUUCGGGAGAAGACCUCGAAUGCCCUAGUCAACAAUAUAGUUGAGCUAGUCGGAAAAGAUAGCUUUCAUGUUAUUCCGUUUAUGAAAGGGAAUAUAAAUUAA